AGCAGUAGGGGGGGGGAGCAGACGGGGCCGGAUAGGACGUCAAGGUAGAGAGGGCUGUGCUGGCUAAAUGGGAGGGGAGUGUGAGCCCAGGCUUGUUUCUAUUAUACAACUUGCUAUGGGAAACUUCUAGUUCACUGGUGCUCGGGAACACAGGCUCACGUCUGCUUAGUACAGCGCACCCAGCUGAGAGUGGCAGAGAUUGAAAGAUGGAGCCAAAUGCGAUCUCAAUAAUUCUGGUUAGUCUUUGCUGUAUAUGGCAAGUCCAGGCAGAGGUCUUCACAUCAACAGGUCAGAUGACCGAUCUGAUUUAUAGGGAGAGAGAUCUUGUGCAAUCUUUGAAAGAAUACAUCCAGAAAGAAGAGGAACGUCUUUCUAAAAUAAAACGCUGGGUAUCUCAAGUAGAUGAACUGACUAGCAGGUCAACUGCUGAUCCAGAAGGAUACCUUGGGCACCCGGUAAAUGCGUAUAAGCUUGUGAAGAGGUUUAACACGGACUGGACAUCACUAGAGAACCUUGUGCUUCAGGACUCAACAAAAGGAUUUAUUGCCAACCUCACAUUUCAGAGAGAAUAUUUUCCAACUGAAGAAGAUGAAAAGGGGGCUGCCAAGGCUCUAAUGCGCCUUCAGGACACAUAUAGACUUGACCCUGACGUUAUAGCUAAAGGAAAAUUACCAGGAACAAAUUAUAUUUCAUCUUUAUCUGCGGUUGACACGUUUGGUAUGGGGAAAAUUGCCUACCAUGAUGGUGAUUAUUACCACACCGUUCUUUGGAUGCAGCAGGCCCUGAAGCAGUUGGAUGAAGGGGAGGAAGCUAAAAUUAGUAAAGUGGAUGUUCUGGAUUAUCUCAGUUACACUGUCUUUCAGCUUGGUGAUGUCCCCAGGGCAGUUGAGCUUACUAAAAGACUCUUGGUUUUAGACGCAAACCAUGAACGAGCUGGAAGCAAUCUGAAAUAUUUUGAGAAAAUGCAGGAGCAACAGAAAGCAGAACUAAAGCAGAAUGAAACUAUUGAGACAGAGACAAGGCAACCAGGAGUCUAUAACAGGCCACUGGACUAUUUGCCAGAGCGGGAUGUCUAUGAAGCCCUGUGUCGAGGAGAGGGAGUCAAAAUGAAUCCACGAAGGCAAAAGAGACUUUUCUGUAGGUAUCAUGAUGGCAAUAGGAAUCCUCGCCUUAUCUUGGGUCCGAUUAAAAUGGAAGACGAGUGGGAUAGUCCACGUAUUGUCCGUUAUCUUGAUGUCUUAUCUGAUGAAGAAAUAGAGAAAAUAAAAGAACUGGCAAAACCAAGGUUAGCAAGAGCAACAGUGCGGGAUCCUAAAACUGGUGUUCUAACAGUGGCCAACUACAGAGUAUCUAAAAGUGCAUGGCUAGAAGAAUAUGAUGAUCCAGUCAUAGGACGUGUGAAUUCACGCAUGCAGGCAAUAACAGGGCUAACAAAAGACACAGCAGAAUUACUUCAGGUUGCCAAUUAUGGUAUGGGAGGGCAAUAUGAGCCACACUUUGAUUUUUCAAGGAAAGAGGAACCUGAUGUUUUCAAGCGUUUAGGGACUGGAAAUCGUGUGGCCACUUAUUUAAACUAUAUGAGUGACGUCGAGGCUGGAGGAGCAACAGUAUUUCCUGACUUUGGGGCAGCAAUUUGGCCCAGAAAGGGUACUGCUGUAUUCUGGUAUAACCUCUUCAGAAGUGGUGAAGGAGAUUAUAGAACACGACACGCAGCUUGUCCUGUAUUAGUAGGUAGUAAAUGGGUUUCCAAUAAAUGGUUCCAUGAAAGAGGACAGGAAUUCCUGAGGCCUUGUGGAUUAACAGAAGUCGACUAAUGUCUAAAUUUAGAAAAACAAAUCCUUUUUUUAUUAUACUGGUGCUAGUUGGUUACCGAGGACUUAAAUUAUCUUUACAGAUGUAGGAUCAGUUGGUGCUACUAAUCUACUGAACCAUUGAAGUCAUUAUAGGGAGAUUUUCAAACUGUGUAGCAAUAAAAACGAAUGGGUAGACAGCAGGGUCUGGCUGCCACAUUGUCCAUAUUAUUUCACUUACUGUAUGUUUGCUCAGGCAGCUGUGGAGCAGUUAACUCUUUGAGCAGUAGCAUUCAUCAUGUGACUCAAAAGUAUUUCAACUUUAAGUGCAUAAACUUGGCUGGAGAUUAUUAUAUUGUUAGUGAGAGGAAAACUAUACCAGUUUACUGGAUUCAACCUUAGGUUUUGGCAUAGCCUGUACAGGGAAACUGCAUCAAGUUAUGCAAUUAUAGGUAUACUGCUGCCCAUUUAGGAUUUUUUGCGGAACCCUCUGCUUGGUGUAUUUAAUUUGGGGAAAGCAAAAUUGGUUUCAAACUGUAACUUUAUUUUCAGGCAAAAAAAAAUAAAAAAUAUGCUGACGUUUCAGCAGUACUCUGGGGCCUAACUCAAAACUGGCAGGUCUGUGUAACUGCCACAUUCAGGUGACCAUGCCAACAAAAAGAUCAACAGAAUGCUCCCAAUGGCAUCACAACAUGAUCUAGCAGACAUUUUGCUGUAACUUUUUACACUGGAGCGUUUAUGGAAAAAAAUAAUGUGGAUUUAGUAGACAGGAAAGAGAAUAACAACAGGGCCAAGACAAAGUAACAGCUGCAACCAUUGGAACAAAACCUUGUUUUUUUACAUUUCCAUCAAACUAAAUGGAACAUUCAACACUUAAUAACCCUUUGAAUCAGGCAUUCCAUUACACAACAAAGCGUGAUACAAUCUCCAGCCAAGAUUAUGUGCUGCAGAAAGCCAAAAUACUGUGAUUUUGUCCUUUGUGAAGCCUCGGUACCCAUCUAGCACCAUCAUUCCUUUAGUGCACAUUUCUGCUGUUUAAUAUUCCUGAUAUCCUGAAAAUCCAUAUCCAGAUAGAAAGGGUUGGCGAGUGCCAAAAUAGCUUUGCCAAAAACAAGAAAUAUUUUCCAGUCAAAGCAAAAUGAAUAUCACUCCUUAUUUAAAAGAGAACUCUACACUUUAAUCAAAGAGGUUUGCUUUGCAGCUAAAUGAGAUUGUAGGUCUCAGUCCCAGCAUUUGGAAGUCGGACAUAUCCGCUUUUCACAAAUAAGAGGAAAAUGUUCCAUGAACAUUAUUUUGUCAAAUUUCAACUGUCAUCCAUUUAUUCUUGCUUUUUUAACAUCUAUGUGAAAGGUCCUGACCGAGUUUAAGUGCCAAAGUCUUAGUCCCCCAAACUUUUUUUUACCCAUGAGCAACAUUCAAAUGUAAAAAGAGUUGGGGAGCAACACAAGAAUGCAAAAUAUUACUAGACGGGCAAAUAAGUGCUGUGAUUGCCCAUUUAGGUAGCCCCUAUGUGGAUUGUCAACCUACAGAAGGCUCUGUUUUGCAGUACACCUGGUUCUUAUACAACCAAAACUUACCUCCAAGCCUGGAAUUCAAAGUACCUGCUUUAAUGCCUCUGGGAGCAAUAUCCAAGGGGUUGGUGAGCAACAUAUUGCUGGUUGGCCCUUGGGUUCUGCCUCCAGUUGACAAGCGCCUGCACAAAUCUAUUCUGUCAGGCUGCAAGUCCUCCGUUAUCAUAAGAAUUAGUCCAGGCGUGCCCAUGAUGGGAAUUGGGUCAGAAUCCUAACAUUUAAAGCUUAAAUUGUCUAAAGGCUUUAGCUCUAUAUGCUGUAGAGCUAUUUUGAUAUGAGGAUCUUCCCUUCCCAAGAGAGACGUUAUAGGAGAUGAAAAGAACAUUGAUUGUUCUGAAUCUUAAGGUUGUUUUCAGUGCAGCACCACGUCAUAAGAUAUUAACCAUAGACUAUAAUAGAUUAAUGCCAAUGUCGGUGAUAUUUGAAGUGGCAAUUCAGUAUCAAUUGAUCAGGACAUCUCCCAUAAGGGAUAUUUGUUUGGCUUGCAUGAAGCAACACUCCAACCAUUACAUAUGAAAUCUCUUCGCUCUGUUAAAGCAUAACUUGUACAACUAUGGCAGCCAAUGAUCAUAACACUGAAAGUUGGUUUCUCCAGGAAGGAUAUGAAUUUUCAAAUGAUACUGGAAACACCAAUCCUGCUUACUUGGUGAAGCACAAACCUUGGGCUUUGGAAGCGACUGUGCAGAGUAUAUCAGAACUGAGCCUUGGUUGGCUGAACCAAAAUAUCAUUUCAAAACAGGGGCAUUCCCCCCUAAAUUUCACUAAAUUACUAACUUGAAGACUUCAGAUAGACUCAUUGGUACUGGAUACAGACCUUUGUGCCCAACUUUCAUAUGAUGCCUGAGCGCUUGAGCAGGUAUUGCUGCUAGGGGAAAGUUUUCUUCAUUGCCAUAUUCACCCACCUCCUCCAGAGUGGUGGUAGAUUCAGUAUCUGACAAAUGUCUAGGAACUGUAUUUAUUUUUCUGCUAAAAAAUUCCUUUACUUAUAAACAGUCAGCAUUGUGCCCCCCUCCCCUGUUUUUGGUGCAGACAGAUUUUCUAUUUUCUAUAAAUUUACAGUUUUUUUCCCAAAAGUUGUUCUUUAAUGUGUGAAAAAAUAAACUUGUAUUUUCA